UUUGAGUGUAUGUUGUCAUGUUUUUGUGGUAAAAUAAACUCUUGCUUGCCUAAAACAAACUGUAAAAAACAACAACAACAAAAAGACAAUGAAAACAUUCUAACACAGCUUUUGCACAUCGGAAAAUUCGAAAAUUCCUUCACAUUUAAGGUCACAAUGAGGGAUGUCCACGUAUAUUUUGGUGAUGAUUUUUUCUUUUUUUUUGCAUUAUAUUUACACACAUUUCAUUUACACACAUUUACAUUUACAUAGAUGUAGACUGUCCCGACACGGGGAUAAAAAAAAGAAAAAAAAGUCAGUGCAUGCAUAAAGAGCGGAAUAUUUCUUUGAAAACCAAAUAAAAUACAGAUAAUACUUUUAAGCAUAGAAAGUGUUCAUUAGAGUAAGGCUAAUAGGUGUGUCGGGUAGAUUAAUAAGAGUUGGGGGGGUUCAAAAUAUGUCUAAAUAAAAAAGAAAUGUCGCUACUUCGCUAUUACUGUAUAUCAGCUUUGUGUUCAAAGAAACGUACAUUUGUGAGUACGUUGAGACAAGAUCCUUAUUUCAUUCAUAACUAUUGUGAGUUUUUGGUUUGCCGGUGUGCCGUGAGAUUUUGUUGGGGAGUCAAAAUGGCCGCCUUGGCUCAAGGCUGGGAAACAUCGUAUGAACCAGCACUCCGUCUGAGCGCGCUUCAUCCGUACUGUGCCUUUCAUGUCGUUGCCAGUGCCGCGUCCUGCGCUGACUGACGUGAUGCUAUCUUGCUAAUAAGAACGCUGCAGGAUCACUUGUUGCCAUGACGACGCACACACUUACACACACAAAAUCGCCCAAUGGGAAACAGUAAGCAUGGCUGGCGAUUGUAAUGUAAUGUCACUCCAUGACCUGGAAGAGGCCCACGUACACAGGUCCACUCGUACGCCUUUCUGUGACUCUUCCAGUCUCCCGCGAUUUCUCUCGCAACCUGCUCCUGACCUGAGCCCCCCCCCCCUCUUCCGAGAACGUCUAUUUUAAUGCUCUCGAUCAAUCGGUAGGUGCCGUCUUGCGCUCGUCACGUCAAAAUGUGAACAGCGUGAUGCAGCACAGCGAGGUCCGCUUAAACAGCAAUUCUAAUUGAAGCGGGACAUUUAUUUCUCCAUUGAUGGGUCAAACACCCAUUGUGAAUGUUUCCAUUCAGCUCCUUGUUCGAGAACGGCCUUAUCGUGGUUGCAGUUUGCCUCGUUGUCAAACCGACGGCUAUCCCGAAUUUUUCUGCACCUCUCAACCUCUCGUGUCGCUAAACGUGUUUGGCAAAAUAUUAAAAACGUCUCUCCGUGUGAUGCCGUGUAAUAGAAUGAUAAUUAAAAAAAAAAAAAUUGUAUUGGUUUCUCAAUGGAGUGUGCCAGGCGUACCUAAUGAAUUUGCCGGCCUGACAGGAGAGCUCACGGUUCAUUCUUAGAGCCGGUGGAUUACCGUAAGUCUUUAUAUAGCUCAGCCAAUCCUCAUUACACGCACGCAGUAUGUACACUAAGUAUUUGUUUACUUCAGUCGAGGAUAUCUCGACAACGUAAUACAAACAAUGAGCAUAUAAGGACACCGGUGGGUGUUUAUGAGCGACUAAGCAGUGAAGCUGCUUGGGGUAUAGUGUCGAAUGAACGCUCACUUGUUAUGAUAUUAUAUACGCAGCCGCUCGAAAAGACUCCAGGCGGCCACAGCCAUAUCGCACGUACAGCGAUAAACAUACAUCGAGUUGCGUGCGCGUGCCGGCAAAAUGAGGAGGCUCGGGAUCGGAGGAUGUAUUAUAAGACAAAGACAAGACUAGUGAUGAGAAAUCAUCUCUUUACAAAGGGCCCUCGAGCCCAUAAAACCCCCGACAGACCUUCCUCUGAGAGGCUUAAGACGGGGGUGAGGGGCAAAGUGGGGCCCGCAGUUCACGUACGCCGCCUCUCAUCCAGCCAGCCGGCAAUUUGCAAUAGUUUCUUGCAUUCAUUUGGAAUGAUUAUUAUUAUUAACAAGAAAUCGAACCAAUGAUUUAAUGAGAGAAAGACAAAAUGUCAAGUGCACUGUAUAUGUAGCAUGUUCGAUUCUAAUGAUGUGUUCAUUUUCCUGUUUACAAAACAUAAACGACCAAUUAUUUCAUGGAGAUAAACGACUUAAGAUAAAUAAUGAAUGAAUACAUUAACAACCAAUUUUAGGGGGAGACGAGGCCAAAUGCACGCAAGAAGUAUCACAGGACUCUCGAUAAACGCUCGGUCGGCCGGACCGAAGAACGGAGCGGGCGGGUCUCGUUGGCCGCUCCUAUUCUGGACUGUUCUGCUCGUCUGCGGUCGAGCGGGCGAGUCGAUUAUUUUUAGGCGAGGCCAAGGCCUGUUCGGCGUAACGACCUCGGUCCGCUUCCAUUAACGAAGCCGCCUGCCGAUACUUGUUGCCCUCCUCUCCGCUGACGUUACGCACUCGCCAACGUUACACACUCGCCAAACACAUUUGCCGCCGUUUUUAUGGGAGGACAUUUUAAAGUGCAAUUUGUCUGAAAUGACAAUAUCAAAAAUCAUGAAGGUUGUUUUCUGCCGCGGACUGUGCAGUUCACUUGCCAGUCGAAUGAAAAAGAGUUUUGGCGCACCACUCGGGCGCGCCGUCCUUUACGUCAUUGCUGUCGCGUCAUUACAACGUGAUCAUCGUCAGCUGGUGCACCUUCUGAGAUAAAUAUGGAAACAAAAUUAAGACAGUCUAAGAACAUUAUAUUGUUUUAAGAUGAACGCAUUUUACAAAAUGAAUACAAACAAAGCACUUUAUGUCCAUCUGUGUUGCUUUUUCUACGUUGGCGCAAUGCAUCAUGGGACCGCGGGAUAUAUUUGGCUUGUCUCGUGACCCUCGAUUGUUCACCGCUUUUCAAGAUGCAUUGUGGGAUAUAUUGAGGGCACACGACACAUUCAAACCGCAAUGCAAAAUGAAAAAGUCACAUAACAUCGGUGCCUUGAGACGCGAGCAUAAUUUGUUCCGUGACCGCGCAUGUCACUUAUAUCUCAAAUCAUCGUUCCCUGUGGAAAUGAAUGGAAAUGCCAUUAAUCCAUUCCUGCCUCUCCUAAAAAAUGUUUGGGCCAUGAAAUUAAACAUACCGAAAUGAUAGAGUUAGAUGGAACGUAAAGAAAUUAAACCGUUUUUGACACAUUUUUUUGCUUCAGUUCAAUGGACAUUGUGCUGCUCCUUCUGGUGUGCACACCUUGACCACCUGGGGGCAGUGACAGACAUUGGAUAUACUGUAAACGGAGACCAUCUCAACUCAGACCUGGUUUCGGCCACCAACACCACCAACGUGAACAUCCCGCAGAUGGCCGACACGCUUUUCGAGCGGGCCACCAACGCCAGCUGGGUGGUGGUCUUCAAGGCCCUCGUCACCACCCACCACAUGUGCGUGCACGGAAACGAGAGGUUCAUCCAGUACUUGGCCUCCAGGACUUCGCUGUUCAACCUCAGCAACUACAUCGACAAAACUGGCUCUCAUGGCUACGACAUGUCUACAUUCAUCAGACGGUACGGCCGCUACCUGAACGAGAAAGCCUUUGCCUACCGCCAGAUGGCUUUCGACUUCACUCGAGUCAAGAAGGGGGCCGAGGGCGUCAUGAGGACCAUGACCACGGAGAAGCUCUUGAAGGGCAUGCCCGUCCUGCAGACUCAGAUCGACACGCUCCUGGAGUUUGACGUUCAUCCCAAGGAGCUGAACAACGGCAUCAUCAACGCCGCUUUCCUGCUGCUCUUCAAGGACCUGGUCAAGCUCUUCGCGUCCUACAAUGACGGCAUCAUCAACAUGUUAGAGAAAUAUUUCAAGAUGAAAAAAAGCGACUGUAAGGAGGCGCUGGAGAUCUACAAGAGAUUCCUGACCCGGGUGACGAAGAUCGGGGAAUUCAUGAAGCUGGCGGAGACCGUCGGAGUUGACAAAAACGACAUUCCCGACAUCAACUACGCCCCCAGCAGUAUCCUGGAGUCUCUGGAAACGCACAUGAAUGGCCUGGAGGACGUUAAGGGCGGCAAGAAGGGGUCUCCGACGAAGGGUUCUCCCACAAACAACAUGUCUCCGACUUCCACUCCGGCCAAAUCUUCAAACGCCGUCCCCGCACUUCAGCCUCCGCCCGGGGAAAGCGCCGCCGCUCCGGCUGCCCCCGAGCCAGCAGAAGAUUCCUUGUUGGACCUGGAUCCUCUUUCCUCCUCUGGCCCUCCAGCAGCAUCGGCCGGCCCCACGUCCUGGGGAGACCUUCUCGGAUCCGAAAUGGGCGAUUCCUUGCUAGCCGAGCCCACCCUGGCAGCGGAGGCCGCGGCCCCCUCCCCCGCCGCCGCCGCCGCCGCCUCCUCCACGCCCGCCCCCGCGGCGCCAGAAGCUGGAGUCCCUCUAGCUCCUCCCACUAGCACAGCGGCCGCCACCUCCCCAGGCGCCACCAAUAUGGAUCUGUUAGGAGAUGCCUUCGCCACGCCCGCCGCCGCCGACGCCACCGAGGCUUCUGCUGCGGCAGCUGAGGGCGGCGCCGCCUCCACGCCCGCCGCCCCGGUCGCCGGAGCCGCAGUCGCAGCCGGAGGAGGAGGAGAUGCCCCAGCAGCCGCCGCCGGCGCCGCCGCCGCUGCUGCCGCCGCCCCCGGAGCGGAACUCGUGUCAGCGUUUGACGGGCUAGGGGACGUGAUGAAGCCCACCCUGACCCCGCAGGCGGGCGAUGUUGACACCUCCGCGGCUAACAUGGCGAGUAAUCUGACGAUGGGAUCCCCAGCGGCCCCUCAGCCAGCACCCAUGGGUGACCCUCCAUUUAUGGGGACUCACCCAGGCUACGGCAUGCCCGGGGCACCGGUAAUUGGAGCUCCCCUGAUGCCUUCGGUUAGGCCGGGCUUCCCUGCCACCGGCGCCCCGAUGUCUCCCGCAAUGACCCAGAGCCCCAGAAAGCCUCCCCCACCCAGGAACGCUCUGGAUGACCUGAACAUCAAGGACUUCAUGUAGGCCGACACGCAGACCUUCAAAAGGUGCGCUGCCAUUCUGUUUUGAUUUGGUGGUAUUGGCGCUCUAUGGAUGUCUGCACUUCCCCACUGCCUCCCUUCAGCCAUGCCCUCUGACCAUCAGUGCAACGCCCAACCCCCCCCCCCCCCCCCCCAUUAUGUAACUGUUGUAGCACAACCGUGAAUGUGAACCCUAGAUACAAAACACUCUGUUUUACGUGUGUGGGUGUGUGUGUAAAUCAGUGUUAAACUUUACUUACUAUACCACGGUGGGGGAAAAAAACACAAAAAAACCAAACCAAAAAAAAGAAUGUUCAUUCUGGACAAAGCUGACUUGAAUGGAAUGGUACGGUGGUUUCUUUGCGCAUCUCGCAGACAUGGACUGUGUUGUUCGAUGUGGACUGUGUUUUGGUGUAACUUUACUGGCCCCCGUCCGCCCCGACCCCCAACACUCCUUUGUCGUCCCAUCUAAUACUGAGCUAGCCUCCUCCGCGUCCCAGCUAAUACUGAAGCUACGUGCGUCACGGUUGUACCUGCAGUAUGUCAAGCUUAGCCAAACAUGCUCCCGAUUGGUCAUGAAAAACAUGCAAAUGUGACCAUCUCUACUGUUUUAUGUUUACUUUUGUUAACUUAGGGAUUCUAUGAAAACGGGCAUACAUUUGUGCUCAAAUUUACUUAUGCAUUUUAGACUAUUUUGCUGAUAAAUUAUACUUUAUUUUUCAGUAAGAAAAUACCAUAUAUUUUAGUUACAUAUCUUAGGGGGAAAGCAUGUACAAAAAACAUCAGUUUCGUCGAGGCAGUAUUGAUUAUAAAAGCAUUGCUGGCUGUUUGAUGUGGCGCCCUCUGCUGGUGUGGCGUGCAUAGGAAUGAAAUAUUAGGCUGCUUGCAUUCGAGCAUGCGUGGAAGCCAUCUGGUCCAUUUGCAUAGUGGGAAGGCCCGCUGUAAAGCACUUCGCGUAUACGCUGGAUGUUCUCUGUGUUGUUUAUUUCUAAAAGUGCUGUAUCUUAAUCCAUUGUGGCAAUUACAUGUUGAAAGAAACAAAUAAUAAAGGCGACAAUGACAUUUACAUACAAAGACAAUGCAGAUAGAUUGUUUGCUCAGUAUUCCCAUGAAGGCUGUGUAUUUUUUGUGGGGGUGGGAUCUAAAAUGGAUGGUCCCCCCCCCCCCCCCCCCCCCCCCCCCAACCUCACCACCCCCUCUUCCUUAACCUGCAUGUGAGUCCUCCUAUGAGAUGCAAUAAAAUACAAAUCACCCAAAUGACCCUCACGGCUCUUCACUUAGCCCUGUUCAAUCUCGUUCUCUGAAUAUCAUCCGCUCAAAGUGUGUUGGCUACUAAACUAUUUGUUGGUACAGCAGACUAGACCACGACCAGCCCAGUAGAACCAGUCUUUGGGUGCACUUGAGCUACUGAGAACUCCAGUGAACUAACAAUUUUGUUUUUGUUGUUGCCAUUUUUACAGGAGAGUGAUUGAAGUUUUUAGGGCU